AUUUCGACGAAUGCAAUCAAUGCAAUCAGUGCAUAAGACACUAAACACAAAGCUCGAAGUUUACAUUUCAGCAAGGAAGGUAAUGCAGCUAUGUCAAUAUUGCCGUCCUUCGGCUUGAAAGAAAGAAAGCGUGAAUUGGAACCAAAUAACGAAUGGAGUGAAUACAUGAAAGCAAAAAUAUGUAAGCUGGACCAACAGUAUGAUGUUUGUGAAAGCAGGAAUGAUGUCAACGAUGCUCGUAAAGAUCUUUUCAAAAACGUUGUCAUAUUUGUCAAUGGUUAUACAGUUCCCAGCUCUGAUGAGUUGAAAAUCUUAAUGAAAAAACACGGCGGUGGUUAUCAACAUUACUAUUCCAAGUCAAAAUGUACUCAUAUUAUCGCCACAAAUCUUCCAGACAGUAAAAUAAAAGAUUUGAAAACAGAAAAAGUUGUUCAUCCCAACUGGAUCGUAGAGAGUAUAAGGCAUGGUACACUCUUACCUUAUCGCCAAUUUCUUCUUUAUGGCGGGAAGAAUGAUGCUGGAACUGCAACAACGUUUAUAGGAUCAUCUUCUAAAUGCUCUGAGGACAAACCUCAUCCAUUUGCUUCUUCACUGGAUACUUGUACACGAUUAGAAGAUUUCGAAAAAGAAGGCUCCUCUAGAAAAAACGAACAGGAGAAAUCAAACGAUGUUGGUAGAAAUGAAAAGUCGAAAACAUCCAUUCCAAAAGCUGGUGAUGAAAACUUCCUGACAGAUUACUAUACUCACUCGCGCUUGCAUUAUCUUUCUACGUGGAGUGCCGAGUUUCGCGAUUUUAUCAACAAUUUGAUUCACUCGACUCAGCUUAAGCGACCGGCGAGGAAAAUAUCUGGCAGUCGUUUACAAAGAAAUUCCUUUAUAAUGCACGUUGAUAUGGAUUCAUUUUUUGUUUCUGUCGCUUUAAGAACACGCCCUGAGCUUCGAGGAAAACCUGUGGUUGUGUGUCAUGCAAAACAAGAUAAGUCAACCAGUUCGACGUCAGAGAUUGCAUCAUGUAGUUACGAAGCGAGAUCUUUCGGUGUAAAAAAUGGCAUGUGGCUUGGUAACGCUCGUAAACUAUGUCCUCAUCUUGUGUGCGCUCCUUACGAGUUUGAAGAGUAUCGUCGCGUAUCUCAGCAGUUAUACGAAAUAAUUGCUAGUUAUACCCAUCAAAUACAGGCCGUAAGUUGUGACGAAUGCUUUGCUGAUCUCUCCGACUACAUGGAGUCAGAAUGUUUAACAGCAUCCGAGGUGGCACGAAUGAUACGUGAGGAUAUAAUAAGUAUAACUAACUGUCCUGCAUCUGCUGGCAUUGCCUCAAAUAUGUUAUUGGCUCGAUUGUGUACCAGAGUUGCGAAGCCAAAUGGACAAUUUCAUUUGCCCGACAAAGAUGUUCCAAAAUUUAUAGGUAAACAAAUGCUUUCUGAUCUUCCUGGUGUUGGUCAUGCCCUUAAUGAAAAGCUUAUGUCCUUUAAUAUGGUUACAUGUGAACAGUUGCAGUCACUGUCAAAGUUAUUUCUACAGCAAGAAUUUGGGGAAAAAACUGGAGAAAAAUUGUUCAAGUACAGUCGUGGUAUCGACGAUAGAAAGUUAAAGCUUGAACAAGAGCGAAAAUCUGUCUCUGCUGAAAUAAAUUACGCCAUCAGAUUUGACGAGAAAUCUGAACCAGAGAAGUUCAUCGAUGACCUCUCGAACGAAGUGUACAGAAGAUUAAAAAACUUCGGCGUGAAAGGAAAGCAGAUUAUGCUCAAAUUAAGUAUACGACAAAAAGAUGCUCCAAUCAAUCCUAAGAAAUUCAUGGGUCACGGAUUAUGCGAUAACAUAUCGCGAACUGUCAACUUAAAAUCAUACACUGACGAUCCAAACGUGAUUGCAAAAGAGUGUAAGACCAUGCUCAAAGCACUAUCUUCGUUUGCAGUAUCCGAUAUUCGUGGCAUGGGAAUUCAGGUGGCGAAACUUCUCCAUGGUAACCACGAAACUCCUGUCCAAACGCUAGACGACUUUAUAUCAUCAACACGUUCAUUGCAAGUGCCAAGGAAAGAAUUUCUUUCGAAUAAAUUGAAAAACGAAGAUCAUCGAUUUAAAUCACGAGUCCCUGUACUGAGAAAGGAAACCUCUCCACGCGCAAAGACAAGGGGAUCACCAAAAAAGUGGCCGAAGACAAACGAUGUCUCUUCUUUCAAGACUAACACGUUUAGUAAUUCUUAUCUUUUCUUACCCCGUGAAAUAGACCUUUCCGUGUUUCAUUCCCUACCUGAUGAUUUGAAGAAGGAAGUUGAGACAUCGUACCGAUGGAUGAACGCGCCUCUUACAAUCAGCCAUGAAAAAACGACAUCAGUUUCCAUUGCAAAUCAGAAUUUGUCUAAUAAUGAUCAGAAAAUUGACACACAAAAGACAAGUCUUUGCCUUGCCGAGUCAUUAUCCGAAGUAAAAGAUCUCAUUAAACGUUGGGUUGAGGAUACGAACGUACCAAUACGUGAAGAUGUUGAUAUAUUUGUCAAUUAUCUCGACCAACUGUGUCGUCAUAAUGACCUGGAAAAGUUGUGUUUGAUUCUCAAGUACUACAGACGGUUAGCAACACGAAGAGAAACCUUGCAACCCACUUUUAACAGUGUCCUCGAAAGAAUUCAAGAGAAAAUGAACGAGAAAAUCAAUGGACAGUUUCGUCUUAAGCAAUUUGUGAUCGCUAUUCCCAAGAUGUGAUUAAUAGGAAUGGUUAGAAAAUUAUUAUUAUAAUGUGUAAAUAUUAAUUAUUAUAAUGUGUUAUUAUAGCUACUGUAUAAAUUUAUACAUUAUUGCAAAUGUAUCUUUUUAGUUUAUGUCAUAAAAUGUAACAUGCGUGUUGAUGCGCCGAUGACGAAA